AUGCCUUCGACCGCUUCGUCAGCAGCUGCGAAAAAGACAACAUCAAUGAAGUCUUUACAAACAAAACUCCGAGGCUUGCAAACAUCACUUUCCAACAUUGCUAAAUUCAUCCAAGCGAUGGAUGCAAACACUAAGACCAGUCAGGUAACAGUUCGUCUUGGGCGUUUAGAUGAUCUUUGGGAAAAAAUCGGCGACGUCAUCAACGAGAUAGAGUCUCACGAGGAAUAUGAAGCAGAAGAAGAUUCACUUACCAAAGAGAGGAUACUCUUCGAAGAUCGGUAUUAUGAGAUGAAGGCAUCUUUGAUAGAUCGGAUCAAGGAGCGUCGAGAACCUGGUACAUCGGAACAGACCAUUCGGGGAGCUGAACCCACACUGGUGUCAUCGGGAGAGCAUGUACGGCUACCGCAAAUAAAAUUGCAGAGCUUUGAUGGCGAUAUUGACGAAUGGCUCAGCUUCAGAGACCUUUUCACGUCACUCAUACAUUGGAAAGCUGAUUUAUCGGAAGUGGAAAAGCUACACUAUCUCAAGGGAUGUCUCGAGGGAGAAGCCAAGGCAUUAAUUGAUCCAUUGAAGCUAACUAAGGGAAACUACACUAUCGCUUGGGAAACGCUACUCAAGCGAUAUAACAACAGUAAACUGCUUAAACGGAGGCAAGUGCAAGCUUUCUUUAAGCUGCCGGUUAUAUCAAAAGAGUCGUCAUCGGAACUCCAUAAGCUGCUGGAAGGGUUUGAUAGAGUCACUCAAACCUUGGAUCAAGUCAUUGAACCUGGUGACUACAAGGAUCUUUUGCUAAUUGAGAUUCUCAGCUCGAGGCUGGAUACCUACACCCGGAGGGGAUGGGAGGAACUGUCCUCUACUAAAGAAAAGGACACUCUCAAGGAUUUAACAGAAUUUCUUCACCGUAGAAUACGGAUAUUAGAAGCGAUACCCACUAAAAACACUGAUCCAAAACCAGUAGUAAUACCAGCGCCGAAGAAAAGGCCGUUUACCAUACGGGCCAGUCACAAUGCGAUACAAUCGUCAACUCCGAAAUGCUUUGCAUGCUCGGAUAGUCAUUGGUUACAUUUGUGUCCGACGUUUCAGCGUAUGGCAGCGGCUGGCCGGGAAACAUUAUUGCGCACACACUCGCUGUGCAGAAAUUGCUUCAGAAAGGGUCACCAGGCAAAGGAUUGUUCGUCUAAAUUUUCGUGCAAAAGAUGCAAUGGUCGGCAUCACACAAUGGUUUGUUUUAAGACGGAAGCAGAUAGCAGUAAUAAAUCUUCUCAGGUGGGAGAGACAUCGGCCACCCAGCAAAGCAAGGAAGCGGCGCUGACUGAAAUGAAACCGAAUACAAGGGUCGGUAAUGUCGCUGCUGUGAAGGUAACAGCCAAUGUUGCACAGCAGCGUGAUUCAAGGGUACUUUUAGCUACUGCGGUAAUUAUCAUCGAGGAUGAUCAUGGUGUGCGGCAUACAGCGCGCGCCCUUUUAGAUUCAGGAUCAGAAUGCAAUUUUGUUUCGGAAAGAUUGUGCAAACAAAUGCACGUUGCCAAGGAAAGGGUAGAAAUCUCUGUCGUUGGAAUUGGUGCAGCUUCCGUUAGGGUGAAGCAUACGAUCCGCGUGAACAUCAGAUCGCGAAACUCAACAUUUACCGAGGUUAUGGAUUUCUUAGUAUUACCAAAAUUGACAUCAAAAUUGCCUACUGCAACGGUGCAGACUAUGGGAUGGGUUAUACCACAAGAGAUCGAACUAGCGGACCCGUCAUUCUUCGUUUCGAAUAGUGUGGACAUCAUACUUGGCAUCCAAUCGUUCUUCGGUUUCUUUCGGACUGGCAAGGCAAUGUCAUUAGGAGAGGGACUACCACGGUUAACAGAAUCCGUUUUUGGUUGGAUAGUAUCCGGAGAGGCUGCAACACUGACUAAUUCGACGCAGAUCACCUGCAAUAUCGCGAUAUCUGACAAACUGGAGGAGAUGAUGGAAAGGUUUUGGUCCUGCGAGGAAGUAGGAGAUACCCAUAAUUAUUCCCCUGAAGAAAGUCGUUGUGAGGAGCAUUUUAGUACCACUGUCCACCGAGGGUCGGAUGGACGAUAUACGGUUUCACUUCCAAAAAACGAAGACAUUUUGGCACGGUUGGGAGAAUCUAAGGACAUUGCGCUUAAACGUUUUAUCGGAUUAGAACGGCGAUUAUCUCGGGAUGAAAACUUACGGAAACAAUACCACGAAUUUAUCUCAGAAUAUUUGGAACUUGAUCACAUGCGUAAAAUUGUUGAUGACGGCACACCCGGAAUUAAAAGAUGUUUUCUGCCUCACCACCCAGUUGUGAAGGAGGAGAGCACCACUACGAAGCUUCGUGUGGUGUUUGAUGCGUCCUGCAGGACUUCUACAGGGAUUUCUGUGAAUGAGGCUCUACUAGUGGGUCCGGUUAUUCAGCAGGAUCUACGAUCAAUUGUUCUUCGUUGCAGAAUGCGUCAAAUCAUGCUCGUUUCGGACGUCGAAAAAAUGUUUCGGCAAAUAAGAAUAAACCCAGCUGAUGCUCCUCUCCAAAGUAUUUUAUGGCGGUUCAGAGAGGAAGAUGAGGUGGAAACGUAUGAGUUAAAGACAGUUACAUACGGUACGAAACCGGCACCGUUUUUAGCAACGCGAACACUUAAGCAGCUAGCGAUAGAUGAAGCGGAGCGUUAUCCUCUGGCAGCAAACGUUAUUGAAAACGAUGUCUACAUGGACGAUGUGAUUACAGGCGCCGAUGAUGUCGAAACAGCUACAAGGCUGCGAUUGCAACUGGAUGCAAUGCUGGAAAGUGGAGGAUUCCGAUUGAGGAAAUGGGCAUCGAACUGUGUAGCAGUAUUGAAGGAUAUUCCGAAAAACAAUUUGGCGCUCUCAGAGGCAAAUGGCAUCAGCUGGGAGCAGGAUUCUGCAGUUAAGGCUUUAGGUUUAACUUGGUUACCAAAAUCAGACACGUUAAGGUUUAGUUUCGUCAUUCCCGAGCUGGCGCCAGAUCAAACACUAACCAAAAGGAAGGUCCUUUCGAUUAUUGCAUCGUUGUUUGACCCUUUGGGUCUCCUAGGAGCCACGAUUACGAAGGCUAAAAUUUUCAUGCAACGUUUAUGGAGUGCGAAAAAUACGGAUGGGUGUGCAUUGGAGUGGGACUCGCCUCUAACCGAGACUCUUGAGGCAGAUUGGCGGAUUUACCAUCAGCAGUUGGCCUUGUUAAAUGAGUUGCGCAUUCCGAGAUGCGUAAUUGCAUCCGCAGCAGCAUCAGUUCAUAUUCACUGUUUUUCUGAUGCGUCUGAACGAGCAUACGGUGGAUGUGUGUACGUAAGAUCUAUGGAUGCAAACCAGUUGGUCACAGUUAAGCUUCUUACUGCUAAAUCUAAGGUAGCUCCAUUAAAAACUCAAAGCCUACCGCGACUCGAAUUAUGUGGCGCUAGACUAGUUGCGGAAUUAUGGGAAAAGGUGACGGAGUCAAUCGGACCAGAUUAUGAAGUGCAUUUUUGGACGGAUUCCACUUGUGUUCUACGGUGGAUCCAAGCUUCCCCAGGAACCUGGGUUACGUACAUAGCAAAUCGCGUAUCUAAAAUCCAAGCCAUAACAGAGGAGCACACUUGGCAUCAUGUACCAGGUUUGAGCAACCCGGCUGACUUAAUUUCGCGUGGAGUAACGCCAGAAGUAUUAAUUGAAAACAGUUUGUGGUGGGAGGGACCAGAUUGGUUAAAACAAGAAAAAGACCAAUGGCCCCAAGGACAGGAAAAUCUUUCGGAAGGAGCGCUAGAAGGAAGACGAAUUGCAGCUGCUGUGGUGGCAGUCAACGAGAAUGGGUUUAUGCAUGAGUACAUUGCUAGAUUUUCAUCAUACACCAGGUUAUUGCGAGUAACUGCUUACUGCUUGCGAUUAAAGGCAAGGGCAAUGCCAAGGGAAAAUGGAUGUUUCAUAACAACAGCGGAAUUAAGAGAAGCAGAGUUUGCCAUUAUUCGGAGGGUCCAACAGGACGCGUUCUCCGAGGAUUUAAAACGACUAAGAAAAGGCGAGGCUGUUUCACGUCAUUCUUUACUAAGAUGGUUUAAUCCAAAGAUAGCGGAAAACGGUAUACUACGGAUAGGUGGGCGGUUAGAACAUUCUCAAGAGCCGGCAGAUGCUAAACAUCCGAUGGUUUUACCGGCGAAGCAUGUGCUGACAGAACUUAUACUAUUGCAUUAUCACCAAAAUUUGAUGCACGCAGGCCUUCAGUUGUUACUAGCUACUGUGAGGCAACGGUUUUGGCCGUUGGGUGGUCGGAACUUGGCCAGGAAAAUCAUUCAUCGGUGUCAACGCUGCUUCCGAGCAAAACCGAAACUUUUCAGACAACAAAUGGGCGAACUACCAGCAGCGCGAGUAACAAUAUCAAGACCAUUUGCGAAAUGUGGAGUGGAUUACUUCGGCCCAGUUUACGUUCGAGCGGGCAGGCGACAAACCGCGAUAAAGACUUACGUGUCAAUUUUUGUGUGCAUGAGCACUAAGGCUGUGCAUAUGGAGCAUGUGACGGACCUUUCAACAGAACGGUUUCUGCAAGCGUUACGCAGAUUUUUUGCCAGGAGGGGUAGAUCGUCAGACAUAUAUUCGGAUAAUGGGACUAAUUUUGUCGGCGCUAGGAAUCAACUGAGAGAGCUAUUUGCUUUGUUAAAAGACCCCCAACAUCAACAAGCGGUUGCCAGAGAGUGCUCAGCAAACGGCAUUCAUUGGCAUUUUAACCCCCCAGGGGCACCGCACUUCGGAGGCCUCUGGGAGGCGGCUGUUCGUUCAGCGAAGUACCACUUGUUACGUGUUAUAGGUGGGAACCCAGUGUCAACGGAGGAUUUUAUCACGUUGUUGACGCAAGUAGAGGCAUGUCUGAACUCCAGGCCCCUAACUCCAAUAUCGGAUGAUCCGACGGAUUUGGAACCAUUGACUCCAGCGCAUUUUUUAUCGGGCGGAUCACUUCAAGCCAUUCCUGAACCCGACUAUAGUGCUGUGCCAUUGAAUCGUUUGAAUCAGUAUCAAUUGGUCCAGCGUCAGUUGCAAGACUUUUGGAAACGCUGGAAAUCGGAAUAUUUGGUGCAGCUUCAAAGCAGGACGAAAAAUUGGGAGCGGCCGGUAAAGGUGGAAAUCGGUCGGCUGGUUGUUGUUAUGGACGCAAAUCAACCUCCAAUGCGAUGGAAGCUGGGACGAAUCAGUCAGCUGCACCCUGGCACGGAUGAAGUGGUUCGAGUGGUCACUGUUAAAACGGCUACAGGAUCUUUUACUCGACCAGUGGAGAAACUGUGCUUCCUGCCGCAGGUUGAAGAUGCGACGGGAACAGAUCAAGAGUCAUGCCAGUAA